CAGGUCUUUUGAACUCCAGCUGAGGGCCUGCUGGCUCCUGGGAAACUCCUAGGCAGCAGAGGCCCAUGGCUACUUCCUCCUGAGUGCCGUUCAGUGACCUGUGUCCAGGCUCUGAAGGGCUCCAAGAAACUGGUGCUGUCUGUGUACUCAGCAGGGCGCAUCCCUGGGGGCUACGUCACCAACCACAUCUACACCUGGGUGGACCCGCAGGGCCGCAGCAUCUCCCCACCCUCGGGCCUGCCCCAGCCCCACGGCGGUGCCCUGAGGCAGCAGGAGGGUGACCGGAGGAGCACCCUGCACCUCCUGCAAGGAGGGGAUGAGAAAAAGGUGAACCUGGUGCUGGGGGAUGGCCGGUCCCUGGGCCUCACGAUCCGUGGGGGAGCUGAGUACGGCCUUGGCAUUUACAUCACUGGCGUGGACCCAGGCUCUGAAGCAGAAGGCAGCGGGCUCAAGGUUGGGGACCAGAUUCUGGAAGUGAAUGGGCGGAGCUUUCUCAACAUCCUACACGACGAGGCGGUCAGGCUGCUUAAGUCAUCUCGGCACCUCAUCCUGACAGUGAAGGACGUCGGGAGGCUGCCCCACGCCCGCACCACUGUGGACGAGACCAAGUGGAUCGCCAGUUCCCGGAUCGGGGAGACCAUGGCAAACUCGGCAGGGUUUCUUGGCGAUCUCACAACAGAAGGAAUAAACAAGCCAGGAUUUUACAAGGGCCCAGCCGGCUCCCAGGUGACCCUGAGCAGCCUGGGGAACCAGACACGCGUGCUGCUGGAGGAGCAGGCUCGGCACCUGCUGAACGAGCAGGAGCGCGCCACCAUGGCCUACUACCUGGAUGAGUACCGUGGCGGCAGCGUCUCCGUGGAGGCCCUCGUCAUGGCCCUGUUCGAGCUGCUCAACACCCAUGCCAAGUUCUCACUCCUCUCUGAGGUGAGAGGCACCAUUUCCCCGCAAGACCUAGAACGCUUCGACCACCUGGUGCUGAGGCGUGAGAUUGAGUCCAUGAAGGCGCGGCAGCCCCCAGGCCCUGGGGCUGGGGACACCUACUCCAUGGUCUCCUACAGUGACACGGGUUCAUCCACAGGCAGCCACGGCACCUCCACCACCGUCAGCUCGGCCAGGAACACUCUGGACCUGGAGGAAACCGGCGAGGCUGUCCAGGGCAGUGUCAAUGCCCUCCCAGACGUGUCCGUGGAUGAUGUCAGAUCCACCUCCGAGGGGCUGUCAAGCUUCAAGCCACUGCCUCCCCCACCAUCUCUGGCCCAAGGCAACGACCGCCCACUAGGCCAGCCGGGGAAGCUGGGGAGAGAGGACUUCCAGCUGCCUUCCUCCACGCCUUCCUGCUCUGGCACUGUCUUCUCGGCUCCACAGAACCGUAGCCCGCCGGCGGGCACCGCACUCACCCCAGGGACCUCCUCUGCCCAGGACUCGCCCUCCUCCCCCGUCUAUGCCUCCGUUUCCCCUGCCAACCCCAGCUCCAAGAGGCUGCUGGAUGCCCAUCUGGCCCUGGUCAACCAACACCCCAUCGGCCCCUUCCCGCGGGUCCAGUCACCCCCGCACCUGAAAAGCCCCUCUGCAGAGGCCACAGUGGCUGGGGACUGCCUUCCACCGCCAUCGCCCUCUGGCCACCCGGACCAGACAGGCACAAACCAGCACUUUGUCAUGGUGGAGGUCCACCGCCCCGACAGCGAGCCAGACGUCAAUGAAGUGAGGGCACUGCCGCAGACGCGCACAGCCUCUACGCUCUCCCAGCUUUCAGACAGCGGGCAGACUCUAAGCGAGGACAGUGGUGUGGAUGCUGGCGAGGCAGAGGCCAGUGCCCCAGGCCGAGGCAGGCAGUCGGCGUCCACCAAGAGCAGGAGUAGCAGGGAGCUGCCUCGGAACGAGAGGCCCACAGACGGGGCCAACAAACCGCCUGGACUCCUGGAGCCCACGUCCACUCUGGUCCGUGUGAAGAAAAGUGCGGCCACCCUGGGCAUUGCCAUCGAGGGUGGCGCCAACACCCGCCAGCCCCUGCCUAGGAUUGUCACUAUUCAGAGAGGCGGCUCAGCUCACAACUGUGGGCAGCUCAAGGUGGGCCACGUGAUCCUGGAAGUGAAUGGGCUGACGCUUCGGGGCAAGGAGCACCGGGAGGCCGCCCGCAUUAUCGCCGAGGCCUUCAAGACCAAGGACCGUGACUACAUCGACUUUCUGGUCACUGAGUUCAAUGUGAUGCUCUAGAGGCCAAGGCCUGAGGGCCUCCCACCACUACCCAGCCCCUGGUUCCAGUCCCUUCCCACCGUUGGCUUCAUCAAGCUCCUUGCGGGGUUGGGGCUGCAUGGCCAGGGUAGCAGGAAGACAUCCCCCCUCCAUCCCAGCCCACUGGACCAGAACUGGGAGAGGAAGAGAGCAGGGCAAGGCAAAUAGAAGGUCAGGUCAGGAACUGGUGCUGUACUGGGUACACAGUAGGCGCCCAAGACAAGUGGGUUGCAAGACAGGAAGAAAGGAAAAGGAAGGGCAGAGCGCUGGUUUCUCCAGGUUGGGUUGGGGGCACUACUGUCCCCCCUCCAGUUAGGACCCAGCCCAUCCCCAGAUGCCUGAGCCUUUGUCCAAAGUGAAGUCACUUGAGAGUUCGUGGACACGGCCCCCAACCAGGGGGAAUCUUGCAGGACCUUUAGUGCCACAAAUAAGCAUCGAGCACCUCCCCAUUCACACCCCCAUUCCUCCUGGCUCCUUAUCCCCCGUGGUAUUUAUUAUUUAUUUCCCUCCCCAUGCCCCUGGGGACCCCAAGGCCCCAGCUUCCCUCUGCACCCCCAGCCUAUCCCAGAGGCCUUGCAGGUGACCAGCAGUGUCAUUGUAUUUAUAUACAGAGCUUAUGACUUUAAUUUUUCAAUAAAGAAAUCUGAACAAGGUUA